UAUGCCAUUCGAUUGUACUUGGCCUGAGAUAGUUCGUCCAUAAACCGUAAAGUAGACCGUUUAAUUCUUUUUAUCCGAAAAUUUGAAGAUCCUGGUAAUUAUGAAUUAAUGCAGCAGUAGUAGCUGGUAGUUGCGAUAUGGCUGAGUAUCGAUCUGGUUCGUAUUGCGUGUCUUCUGGAGUAGGCAGUGAUUCAGAAGUCAUGGCUGAACUAGCAGCAUUGCUGCAUCAGGAAAUUCCUGAAGGAAGGCACAAUCUUGCAGACAGUCAUACAAAUCUUGAACGUGUUGCGGAUUAUUGCGAGGCAAAUUAUUUUCAAGCUGACAAUAAAAGGAUUGCAUUGGAAGAAACAAAGAAUUAUACGACUCAAUCAUUGGCUAGUGUAGCAUACCAAAUAAAUACUCUCGCUUAUAAUUUUCUUCAAUUAUUAGAUCUACAAACAUCUCAGUUAGCUGAGAUGGAAAGUCAGAUGAAUCAUAUAGCUCAAACUGUUAUGAUACAUAAAGAAAAAGUUGCUAGACGAGAGAUAGGUGUAUUAACGGCUAACAAAAUGACAGCCCGUCAAUAUAAAAUUAUUGCACCAGCAAAUCCUGAAAAGCCUAUUAAAUAUGUAAGAAAAAGCAUAGAUUAUACGAUUUUGGAUGAUAUUGGCCAUGGUGUACGUAGUAGUGGUACACCAAGAAGUAAACAAAGAGGUGGUAGUCAAGGUAGCGUUCAGAGCUUGGGUGCAACAUCUACUGGUUCUGGUUUGGGUGCUGCUAUGGUAGGACCUGCACCUACUACGAAGCCACCGACUCCUCCUCAAACAGUAAGGACUGGAACACUGAGUAAGGGUUCACGUGAAUACAGAACUCCACCUGCGGUUGCUCCACCACAAGUUCCUAGUCAUUAUGCGCCAAAUUAUCCAUUGGGUCAUCCAAGACGCGAACGUGGCCCAGGAUAUAGUACAUUGCCAUUGCAUGCACAUACAACUUCACAUUCUUCUCAUAAUACCAAUCAUUCUACUCACACGAACAAUAUGACGCAACAUACAUCUCCACCUCAAGUUGGUACGGUUCAUCCAUUGCAAAGUCAUCCACAGACACCACCACCAGCACCACCCAGUGUUACAGGAGCUGCGGGAUAUAUACAGGAGCAACAUAAUAAUAUGCCUCCACCGCCUUCUCCAUUGGUCGGUAUUAGCGGAGAUAUGGCUGAUUAUAGUGGUCAUCAUACUUUACCGCAUAGAUUAGCUCAUCAAAUUAGUCGAAGUAGCGGUGCUAGUAGUCCACCACUGCCACCUCCUCCACCUCCGGAACAAGAGGAACAUCCACAAUUUGGUAGACCAACACCUUCCAGUGGUGCUAUAAUGCCUAUUGUACCGGACGAAGAAGAUUUACCUGGUUGGGUACCAAAAAAUUAUAUCGAGAAAGUCGUCGCUAUUUAUGAUUAUUAUGCCGAUAAGGAAGACGAAUUGAGUUUCCAAGAAAGCUCCGUCAUUUAUGUUUUAAAAAAGAACGACGAUGGUUGGUGGGAAGGUGUAAUGGAUGGAAUAACCGGAUUAUUUCCUGGCAAUUAUGUUGAACCUUGCGUUUAGGCAUGUAUUACAUAUUUAUAUUUCUUAAGUAUUUUAAGUAAAGAUCAGUAUCUAUAGUUAAAAGACUGCUAUUUUAAGGUACACAUAAAGGGGCUUUGUAAUUAUAACAUUAUUUCUUAUCAUCGAUUAGCAGGAAGUUAUAGAAAUGGGCCGUUUAUAUGACGAUAAGUAAAUUGAUAUCGAGAAAAUAUUUAACAUAGGAUGGUCCGUGGUUUGAUGGGGUAGCGAAUAAAAUACUCUUUGGCUCUUCCAACGUUGUUAAAUAACGUACAAUGGUCGUAGUUUUAUCUUUUUUUCUUUUCUUCUUUUUUUUUUCUUCUUCUUUUUUUUUUUUUUUGUACUUUGUUUUCAAAAAAUCAAACAAAAAAUAAGCCAAACGUUACAAUGUCAUAAGAAAAUGUAUUUUUCUCUACUCCGUAAUAUAUCUCUUCUCCUGUAAUUAUAUUAAUAGACGAUUGUCGUAAUAUCGUAUAAACCCAACUGAACUGCGUAUCAUUCGCAAAAUAUAUUUAUGUAUCUUA